AUGAGGUUCUCUUUCACAGUAGUAAUUUCAGUGCCUGACUGCUACUUGCCUUUCUUGUCGGCCACGGACGUUUGUAAAUCGGAGAGCGAUUGUGCUUCAGGAUCGUGUGUCUACAGUAUUAACCGCUUGCAACGAGUAUGUUGCGAGCCCAAGGCAGGAGCUGUGCAGCCAGUGUGCUCGUCCGGUAAGCCAGCACCAAUGCCGGUCUUGUGUGAUCCGAAUCAAGCCGAUGCCUGUCCAGAUGAUUAUGAAUGCCGUGAAAGCAGCACAGAAUUCGAAAAGAUCUCCGGCGAACCUAACUUCCUAUGUUGCCGCUGA